ACAGCGGAGAAGUCGAAAAACAGCGGAGAGGUCGAAAAACAGCGGAGAAGUCGAAAAACAGCGGAGAAGUCGAAAAACAGCGCACAGACUAGGAUUUAGAGGAAUGGCAUAAAGUCAGAGGACAGUGUAGCUCCGCCCCCUGAGGUCUCGCUCACCAGACGCCGUGUUUUAGCGCUGUUUCCACGACGCGUGACCGUGAAUUAACCAUGUUGUUUGUUUUGCUACGAGCUCGUGUUUAUGUCUCGUUUUUUAAGCUCAAGCCAACAACGCGUUUAGUUGAACUCGUUUCUCCCGCAAAAUAACACUUUUAAAAACACGUCAUUGUUGAAGAGAGAAGAAGAAAGUGUUUGUUUUGUUUGCGUGGGAACGAACCGUCACGACUGUAACUGGACACGCGUCUGAAACUCAAGGAAACGUCCAGGAACUUUGUGUCUGAGCAGAAACUCGGGAACAAAAUGGAUGAAAUGAGGACUGAGAUACUCGGUGAAUAACACCGUCAGCUUUGGCUUUUCCUGCCUCUGCUGCUGCUGCUGUUUCUGCUGCUGUUUCUGCUGCUGCUGUGUCUGCUGCUGCUGCUGCUGACAGGACACUUCUGCUCAAUCCUGUCCAUGAAGUGAAGCUGAAGUUAUUUUACUCAGUUCUUCAGCUCUACAGCAUCACAGUGAUCCUCUUGUUCCCCUGCACAGUGAACGAUGAACAGCCGUUCUCUCAGGGAGCUCUUCUGCCUGUUCUGCUGCCCGCCUUUCCCCAGUAGCAUCGCAGCCAAGCUCGCCUUCCUGCCCCCUGAGCCCACGUACACCUUCUUCCCUGACCCAGACGCUGGCCCCGCUUCAGCAAUAACAAAGGCGCCUUCGAGUCAGUGGAGGCAAAGUGGGAGUGGCAGUGGCAGUGGGAGUGGGAGUGGGAGUGGGAGUGCUGGUGUUGCAGAGGAGAAAUGGAAGCUUCACCUGAAGGAGCCAGAACACCAAGACUUCCAGUACUCGCUGAGAGAGGUGGACACGACAGAGGUGUUCUUCACUCGCUCCAGCCGAGGGAACAGAGUCGGCUGCAUGUACAUUCGUUGUGUCCCUAAUCCAAGAUAUACGCUGCUGUUCUCUCACGGUAACGCCGUGGACCUGGGCCAGAUGAAGAAUUAUUGCAUUGCCCUCGGCACUCGCAUCAACUGCAACAUCUUCUCCUACGACUAUUCGGGCUACGGUGUCAGUACUGGCGAGCCCAGUGAGAAGAACCUGUAUGCAGACAUAGACGCUGCCUGGCACGCCCUGCGCGCACGGUACGGCAUCAGCCCAGAGAAUAUAAUCCUAUACGGUCAGAGCAUCGGAACAGUUCCCACCGUAGACCUGGCGUCGCGGUACGAGUGUGCUGCAGUUGUUCUUCACUCCCCUCUGACGUCUGGCAUGAGAGUGGCCUUUCCCGACACAAAGAAAACCUACUGCUUUGAUGUUUUUCUCAACAUUGAGAAAGUGUCCAAAAUCACGUCUCCAGUGCUCAUCAUCCACGGCACACAGGACAAGGUGAUUGACUUCUCGCAUGGUGUGGCCCUGUUCGAGCGCUGCCCCAAGGCUGUGGAGCCGCUCUGGGUGGAGGGAGCGGGACAUAACGAUGUCGAAAUCUACAGCCAGUAUCUGGAGAGACUUCGCCACUUCAUAGGACAAGAGCUGGGGACGCAACACAUGUGACCAUCACCACCACAAUCAUCAAUACGCUUUCUACACCUCACCACGUGGACGAGGUGUGAGGCUUCACGUACAGACGGUCUGCUUUGAAUGGAUCGUGACAGUACAGCUGCCAUGUGUUCGGGGCAGUAGAUGUACUGCUGUACUGUGCAGUAACAAGGACAGCUUUACUGGAAUUUAAAUUAAAAAAAGAGCUAACUGAUCAAGUCAUCUAGUGUUGAAGUGGUUAGUAUUGUUGCCUCACAGCAAGAGGGGUCACCAUUUCGGAUCCUGAUUCAACUGAGGGCCUUUCUGUGUAGAGUUUGCAUGUUCUCCCCCGUGUGUGCGUGGGUUCUUUCUGGGUUCUUUCUGGGUUCUUUCUGGGUUCUUGGGUUUCCGACCACAGUCCAAAGACAUGCAGAGGUUAACUGGACACUACACUGACUGUAGGUGUGAAUGUGAGAGUGAAUGGCUGGUGACCUGUCCAGGGCGUGACCUGUCCAGGGCGUGACCUCCUGUCCAGGGCGCGACCUGAUAUUUUUGGUUUUCUUAUUUGUACAUUCAGCCAUUUUUUUAGUCAGUCAUAGCAAUAAUUAAUAACAAUAAUUAAGAUAAUAAAGCUAACGUAUCUCACACCUUUUUAGUAGAGGUACAUUUUAAGAAGAAACAUGAAAUCUGACGCUCUGUGUCACCUGGCAGGCUCUUUAUUCUGGUUCCUUAAACUUGGGGUUAAAAGAUUUAGAUUUAGAAGAUUUCACUUUAUGCAUUUAGCGUACCAUUCAUACUUAAAGAUCCAAAUGUAGGUGAUUAUUUUUUUUACCUGGUUGUAUGAAUAUCCUUUUAUAUUUAUAUCAGGGCAGCUCUACAGGGGAAGCCAUUUUGGUCUUCUGUGUUUUUACAGUAGCCCACAACGGACAAACUAAACAUGUUUUAAUGCUAACUGAAGGCUAAGUGUGAGGUGAUAUUCAGCAGCAACUUGUACGCUUGUUGUUUCCUUGUUUUUUUGUGUUUUUUGGUGAGCGCUAAGUUGUUAGCGUACCAGUGGACUUCCUAGUAUAACAUUAAGCAGGUUCCAUGGUUACGAGAGCACCACCCCACCAUCACGUGGACGUGGAAAGAAUGACUCGGCCCUUGUGCUCAAUCCUAUUCCUCAUUUUUACACCUAGCUUUACCCCUUUAAAGCAAAUCUACCCCUUUAAAGCAAAUGGGAAGCCCCUGCAAGUAGCGUAGUUGCACAACAUGCUAACCUAGCUGAAGGGCAAAGGGCAAAGUUAGCACUUCCACUUAAACUUACCUGUUUACCUCAACAACAGUCCUGAUACACGAGGUGCAAAACAGAUCAGUAGCACUAACUUGUUGGGCAAAGGGUAAAAUGAAGGGAUUGAGUUGGUGUUUAGAGACUGACAGAAGGACAACAUGUUGUUUUAUGAUUAAACUUUCUGUGUUUAUAGACACGCUUGAUGCAUUUUGACAGGUAAUCAGAGUGACUUUUGUUUUUAAUGUACUUAAUGUAGUUUUUGCUCAGGUAAACCACUUUCUGAUGGUGUGUGUGUGUGUGUGUGUGUGUGUGUGUGUCCAAUCCUUUUGAGCAAAUAUUGAAUUGCAUCUGUUUUUAUUAACCAUUCCAUUUUAGAAGUAAGCAAAGUCCAAUCCUUAAAAUGAGGGACGGACCAGUCCUUCAGUCUGUUACAGCUUUAACUUUCAGUACCUGAGUCUGUGGUGGAACAUGUUUGUAUUGCAGUGACAAAGAAAGAAUGAAGAUUCCUUAAUCUCCUCCA